AUGUGUACUAUGAAUGGCGAUGUGAAUGCAAAGAUCUUUUCAGCUGUUGAAAGCGAAGAAGAAGACAGUGAUUCUGAUAGAGAGCUGCAAAUUGCAUUCAACGAGGGUCUAUUGAAGACUGAUAAGCUGAAUUAUGUUGUGGAAAAGAAGAGACCGAUCAUAAAUAAAAAAGCUGAAUUGGAGAGUAAAGUUAACAAAUUCAAAAAGAAUUUGCCAUGGCUAGAAACGCUAGAUGUGACAGUAAAUAAUGACCAAGUCGGUAAGAAAGCACUCGACAACGAUUUUGAGCGUGAAAUAAUUUUUUACAAGCAAGCUGAAAAAGCAGUGCAGAUAGCUGUAUCACGACUACGUGAAAUGGAUGUGAAGAUUUCUCGACCGACAGAUUAUUAUGCCGAAAUGGUAAAAAGUGAUCGGCAUAUGCAGAAGGUAAGGCAACGUAUGGCAGAAGUCGAAGAAAGCAAACAGAAGUUGGAAGCCAUUCGUAGAAUUCGUGAAGAAAAAAAGUUUGCAGCUAAAGUGCAGAAAAAGGUAAUGGAACGGAAACAGAGUGAAAAAAAGAUUUUGGCAGAAGCAGUGAAAAAACAUCGGAAAGGCGUCAAGUCACAUCUGGAUGCCAUACUCAACAAUUCAAGGAGGAUGCAGGAUGCUGAGGUUGAGAUAAGAAGGCCAGAGAAAGGAGGAAUGCGCGGGAAGAAUAAGAAAUCUCGUCGAGUGGCUCGGGAUAAAAAGUUUGGAUUUGGCGGACAGAAGAAAAGAUCUAAAAAAAAUGAUAAAAAUAGCUUUGAAGAAAUUGCGUCACCUAGAAGUAUAAGCUUUAAAAGGCGUCAUUUGGGCCCAAACGUAUUGAAAAGUGGUGCAAAGCGAAGAAAAAAGAGAUGA